CUUUGCUUCCCUUGUGUGCCACUGCCCUCCCUGGCUGCCCUGCAGAUGAUGUUCCAGUCUCUAAAAGUACCCUGUGCCAGCCCAAGGAAAAAAAACCCCAAUCCUGCAUCGGUAUCUUCUUGUGCACCCCCCACCCUGGCCCCUGGCUCCCCCAUAGGAGAGGGUAGGGGGGCAACAAGGACCUGAGCCCAGUGCACCACCAGGGCUGUGCUCUGAGGGGAGCUGAGCAGUGAGGAGGAGGAGGAGGAGGAGGAGGAGAAGGUCAUUCAUUCCUUGCCAGGUUUAAUAUUUACCGACAUGCACACAGAUAAAUGCUGGAGGAAUGUGGCUUUGUUAACAUCAUCUUGACUUAGGAAGUGACAGCAGAGGCUUCCUCGCAAUCAUUUGGGUAAUGAGGGCCCACCCUUUCCUGUGCACCAUGUCUGAUGGCAGAGGAAGGUGACAGGGACCCACAGCCUCCCCGCCCAGGUUGUCUGAGUCUGUCCACCGCCACUCCCCACUCCCCUGCCUCCAGGUGCAGUCUCAACACCUCUUUGGAGACCAAGGUGGGUCAGAACAGAGCAGCUUGCCUGGGAAGGCACAUGCAGCACACUGAACGUUCACCCUGUGACACAAAUAAUUGAGGACCAUGAACAUGUCCAGGGUAUUUUACCUCUGCAGGCAAAAUCAAGUGCGUGUGGGUGCCUCCCCGAGUGCUAUGUCAUGACUCUAAAUAGCAACACUUACCAAAAAAUAGUUCUAGCAGAAGAAAAGGAUGCAAGCCAGCCAUGCCUAUCUGGGAGUAUUGCCCAUUGACUAAUUUUAUUAUCCUAGUGACAGUAGAUAAGAGUUUUUGUUUUUUUUUUUUCUCUUCCACAUAUUUUAUUGCAGGAAGGAAAGCUCGGCUCAACCAAUACAAGGAAGUGACACAUCCAUAUAAGUCAUCUUUGGAUGCCUUUAGGAUACCUUAACCUAAACAUUGUCAGUUAAUAGAUGUUUAAUACAAAGGUUUAAUGCUUAAUUGGGAAUGAAAUAAAGGAAGUAUGACUGCUUGGCUGAAUUAUCCUUUUGAUGUGGUCUUCUGGGGUGUUGCAGGAAGGUUUUCUUUUUUUGUGGAAAGUUUACUGCUUCACUUUGAGGAAGAAGCCUCGAUGGUGUUAGAGGGAAUCUUUGUAAAUCCAAGCAAGUUGAGGAGUUUUCUAUCUAUGUCUGUCUAUCAAUGCCAAGCUGUCAAAGACUGCGCUGCCUGAGAUCAAACAGAGCUGUAACCCCACCAUGUGCUCACUUUGCUGUUGUCCUCACAGUUACCAAAUCAUGCUGGACUGCUGGAAGAGCAAUCCCAACGACAGGCCACGGUUCUCUGAGCUGGUGAAAAGGCUGGGUGACCUGCUGCAAGCAAAUGUCCAGCAGGAAGGUAAAGACUACAUACCCCUCAGCACAAUAUUUACAACAGAAAGUGGGUCUCCCCCUGCAUCUGAUCCUUUGUGCAAUGAAAAAUUUCCUGUUACAAGCUCAAGUUGUGGAAGCACUGAAAAUGUCAGAUACAUAAACACCUUCAAAAUAAACCCCCCAGAGCGCAUAAAGACAUUUGAAGAGCUUCCCAUCAAGGAAACACUUGUAUUUAAUGAUUAUCAAGCAGACAGCGGGAUGGUGCUGGCUCCAGAGGAACUGAAGCGCUUCACAUGGACAGGCAGCAAGCAGAAAAGGACACUCUUUGGGUCUGUAUUUUACGUUCCCUUCCUCUCAGGUUUUAGAUGGCAAAGGAGAAGCCAAGGUCCUUGUGCUAAAUCAUGCCUUGUGAAAGUAGCUGAGGUGUCCCCAGUCCCUGCAAAUACUCUUCCUGAGGUAUGUCCUGCUUGGUUGAAUCAGCAGUCAAUCAUCUUCCACGCCUAUGUCUUUGAGGAAGCAAAUAACCCUCAACCCCUUCGAUGCACAUCAGCAACAUGAUUUAUUAGCUCUUACUGAUCCACCUAAUGCCCAAUUUAAUGCCAGUGUCAGAGGGCACUGAACUAAGGUAAGAGGCAGGUAACUGUAGGAAAGCAGCCCUUAAUAAUAGGGGAUGAGGAACGUGUGGCUGUGAAGGAUUUGCAGUUAUUUCUGCAAGUCCCAAGGGCACCCCAGCUGGGACAAGGCCCUCUGUGCUUGUUUUUGCCCUUCUUUUCCAUGACUCAGCUAAGCACGGCCCAUUUAACACCCAUGGGCUCAGGAUGCUAAAGUGGCAACUUUACAAUAGAUGGAUGUGAGGGCCUCACUUCUCUUCCUGCCUUUAAGCACUUGAAUAUAUUGGCCAUCUUCCUCCACCUAAUUCCUGACAGCUGCCCAAGCAGGGAACUAGGGCUGCUCUAAGAAAUGAGUUGCACCGACAUGAACUCCCUGUAAAUGGGAAGUGUUUAUUUUCUCAAUGCCGGCGCUGUAUCAGUUCCCAGCCGCUGGCAGUGUCCUGGUUUCAGCUCACUGCUCCCAGCCAGCCCGGAGACUGUCCAGACCCAACCCAUCGUUCAUCUCAUGCUGGCAGGAGGUCAAGGCCAGCCUGCCAUCCUGCCAGUGCCAAACUUGUCAGUGCCUUGCAGUUGGGCAGGCUGGGAGGUGUAGCAUUGUCUCAGAGAACAAUCAGAGCUGGCUGAAACGUGCAGUCAAGGCAGAGAGGACUCGCUUCACAAAAAAUUCCACUGACUUAGAGGGCGUUGGUUGAAGGCACAGAAAUACGUGUAGGAGAGCGCACACACUCACAGGGCUGGAAAGCACGGCCUGGGUAAAUGUGCUGCUGGCAGCAGCCUGCAGUGGAGCGCUGCUCAUGCAUGGCAAAGCCAGGGCAACACAAACCACUCCGAACAAAUGCUGGGAAACCCUUUCUCCUGCCUUGACCUUUCAGAGAAUAGGCUCCUGAGCAGUUUUAUGGUACUUCAGCUCUGUUGCAGCAUGCUGUCAUUGGAGGAGCCAGGGACUGUUGAGCUUGGAGUGUAUGUUCAUAUUACGAGUUCCAAAGGAUGCAAUGUUCCCUCCUAGAAGUGGUUUCAAUCUUUUUUUCCGUGUGUAUUUCUGAAGGCUGCUGUCAGCCACACAGACAACAUGGCAUACUCCCCAAAUUAAAUUUAUGAAAUGCCUUUUUCUUUGCAUGGCACAGAAUGCAUGGAGUGUGUCCCAAGCAUCCCUCUGGCAGUGCUUUAAGGAGCACUUUCAAAAGCAGACAGAAAAGGAAUGCUUGGAUAAGAAAAAAAAAUUAACUGAACAGUGGCUGCUAGAACAUAAAUCCUUGGGAGAACAGAGCAGUUGACUGAGAUCAUACAAGGUCAUCUGGCCUGCAAGCUAAACAAGUGGUACUGCAUCGCUGCGCCAAAAAGCACUCAUGGAUGCAAAUGCAGGCAGUGACCCUUCAGUCUGCACAUAUUCCUAAAAGUGGUAGCAUCUUAGCUAAGCAUCCUUCACUUAAAAUUGAUUGGGGCAGUAAAUAAAUACCCCUAAAAUUUGUACUGAGCAAGGUGGAGCCUGGAGGGGUUUGAGCCAUGGAAACUGAUCUAAGCAGAUGCACAGUCCUGCUUCUUCCCUUGCAUUGCAGGCAUCCUGCUCUGCAUUCCUGUGCUCACUCUUGUGCUGACAUUUCAGCUUGGCUAUUCCUGCAGGGAGCUGAUUCAGGUUGCCAAACUGUCAAAACAGUUUCUGAGUGAGCAGUAGUAGCUCACUGUCAGGGCAGCUGGUGCCAGCACCAGACUGCAGAAGGGUUUCACCUCCCUUUGGCAGCAGCAUACUUAUGGUUGGAUCCCUUUGCUGUAAGAAAGCAUUGGAAGAUUCAGACUGGGCAGAGCUGAAGAACUGCAUAGUGUGUCAGAAGCCAAACACAAAGCACCCUACCUGUCUCCAGAAGCACACCCAAGGUUUGUUGCAGAGGAAACUGAUCAGUUGAGUGCAGGAGAGAGCCAGCAGGUACAGCAGUGCUUGCUCAGUGUGACCAAGCCAAGAGCCAGGCCCAGGGCAGAGCAGGGAGCCAGCCUGACAGAGCAGGGGUACCCCACUGAUCCUGGUGAGGUGCCUCCUCUUGGGCUUCCACUUCUCCUGCCUAGGGAAAGGCGCUAAUGCCAAAGCUCACUCUUGGUUUCACUACAGGAAAGAGCAUCAGCCCAAACCAUGGUGAACACCUUAGGCCCAGGUGGUGGACAGGAGCAUGAAAUAGAAAUGGUUGCAACAUGUCUUGGACUUGCUAAUGCUGCUGAGACAAAAAACGGUAUUUUGAACAGCAGGAAGUUUUUCCUAGUAUAAGGCCUCAGGUAAAGAGACCCUGAUAGAAAGGUCUGGGGGCAAUUUUCUGAGCUGUGCUCCUUUGCAGGUGGAAAGGAUCCCAACUGCAACCCUUUUCUAGCUUUUCAAUACUGAUGAAAAAACCCAACCCCAGUAAGCCAAAAUCCUUGGGCUGAGGCAAACCCUUGAGCCAGUGUAAAUUGCAAAGCCAGAAAAAGAGCAAGAAUUCUACCUCCUGUGAGCUGGAACAAGCAUCUCAAGAGCUGCAGCCAGUUUCUAACCUCGCACUGGUCCUGAACAUGGCAGAAAACCAGCAGCCAUUUCCUCCAACAAACAACCCCAAUUAAAGACCAAGUAAACACAGUUUACAUUCUUAGAUUGGCAAGAUGAUAGUCCACAGCUAGAGAAGCCUAUAAACUCAUUCUCAAAAUGAAGCCUGACUACAGAUUCCAAAACCCCAUGAGCUUCCUCAAAGUUCUUUGUGGGAAUUGCAUGCCCAGACACAGCACUGCACUCCAGGUAAAAUUAAUAGAUGCAGCUCUACUGGUAUAAAAGUUUAUUAAAGCAGAAGCCAAGUCUAGCUCGCAAGAAAAAUCUCAUGAUGCAAAAGCCUGAUGAUGAUGAAAGGAUGAAAGCAUGACAGCUCUUAGGCUCAUAACUUGUCAUGCACACUCCACAUCUGCCAGCUCCCAAAGACUCACAAUUACAAUGUAAAUCACAGAGGCAUUUCUCUUUAAACCCAUCACAAAUAGUCCAUUGCGUCUGUGACUAACCUUGUCAUAGUUAUGGAAUUUAUCCCAAGGCAAUUACUUCUCCAUCUGCCAACAGAUGCAAUAUAAAAAUAUGGGAUGCAUCUGCAAUCCUCAUCACAAGGGCUCCUCCUCAUGAAGUUCAUUCAUCUACUAAUAAAUGUAAAGGGGUGGUCUUCUUAGGGAGACCUUCCAAUUUCCUAUGGUAGGACAGAAGGCAGAGACCACACUCCUUAAAAAACCACACAGGUUGUUUGUUAAGAAUUUGAGAAACUGUGACAUCUAAGAGGAACUUGUAAUCACCAAUGGUCCUGUGCUACUGUUUCUGUAGUUUGACUUAGAGUCCUAACAGUGCAAAAUAAAAUGAAAAACAAAACCCUGGCCUCUGCAGCCUCAACAGGUGCUCUGUCUUCUCUGGCAUUCAGGACUAGGGCUGCCAAUGUUUCUGACCUUAUAAAUGAAGAGGAGUGGAUUGUCCAUGAACUUAUAAAAAUACAGGAGAGGAAAUCUAAUUUUAGACACUGUGGUCCAACACAUUUACUUUAGGAUUUCACAUGUAAACAAUGAUGGAAAAAUGCUCUGGCUUGUCCUUUUGUCUACAGAUAAAUCUUUGGAAUCCAAGUUCAAUGGUGUGAAAAUUCUCUUUGCCCCUAAUUUUCUUCAUUAUUGAAAGAGCCCUUUCUGAUGUCUUUCUGAGAUCUUGAAUAUGGGUGAGAAAGUGCCGUAAGGCAAACAGUGCCUUUAAAAGUGGCUUUGCUGAGAAGAUAUUAAACUCCUCUUUGUAAAGGACAUCUUAUAAAAGGCAGCCUACAGGAUAACUGGUCCUUUUAUGGGAGAGAAAAACUCUAAUUCAAACCAGCAGCUCAUGGCAGUUGCCAAAAGAAGCCAAAAAAGAGGAGAUAGCCAGACCUCAUGCCCUUCCUCAUACACAUCAGCCAUUUCUAUUAGAAAUUCAUCCCACCAUUAGCUUUGGGAACAACUGCAUUAGUAGUUUUCUACUUUUGCCUCAAGGCUUGAGGCCUUGCAUCACUUCACUCCUGCUCAAAAACCCCUUUUCCCUUACGAAGAAACAUUUAGGUGUGGGGAUACUCUGCCUCAGCAGAGCUGCCAGACACUGCCAACUACUUCACCCUGCAAUAAAGUUUCACUCCCCAACACAUGCCACAAAUGAGCAAUUAGAGCUUAGGCUGGACAGUCAAGUACUCCCCACAAGCAGAGACUGAUACAAUGAACCUUUAACAGUGAGGAUCACUCACAGCACCUCUUUUCUAAGGGGGACUCACAGGGAACACAGGAGGGCUCCUUCAUUCCUCUGUUCUGCACUCCCAUUGAGCAAGUCCAUCUGCAUCAGUGCCCUUCCCACCACAUGAGAAUAAACAAAGCUGCUUCUUGUGAUGUGGCUUUGCUCAAGUCACUAAAACAAAAACCUUUAUGUGUUAAGAAAGCUCACAAUGACACUGCUCCA